AUGGGAACUGCAAUGCUACAUUUGCUCCCAAAAAGGAUGCACAGGGUACAGGACAAGGAUCAACACAAGCUCAGCUUCACGUUCAAUGACAUCAAGCAUUGUUUUGUUGGCUGUUCUUUCGGCCUCAAGGAUAUCAGUGAACGUUACAAUGCUGUACUCAAACGCUUGUUGCAUGGUCUUCCUUAUGUUGCCUCCUUUGUUGACGACAUCGUCAUCUUUUCCAAUUCUCUCGUGGAACACGCUCAACAUGUUCAAACCGUUAUCCACAAACUUACGAGUGUCAAUCUCAUCCUCAAUCCUGAGAAAUGUCAUUUUGCUCGACGCUGUGUCUAUCUUUUCGGCUAUUGUGUCAGUGCUGAAGGUCGUGCUCUGGAUCCACGCAAAGUAACCAAUGUUGCUAAGUGGCCUACUCCUAGAACGGGUAAAGACAUCCAAUGCUUCCUUGGUGCUGCCCACUUCUUUGGUGAACACAUCCCAUGCUACUCCAACCUCUCUCAUCCUCUCAACCAGUUGCGCAAUACUGGUGAUGUUCAAGACCUUUGGACAAGCGAACAUGAUCAAGCUUUCGAAAACAUCAAGGCCGCUAUGGAAGAAGCUCCCGUUCUUAGCCCACCCGAUUUGCGUCAUCCUUUUUGUGUUGCGACUGAUGCAUCCAAGAAUGGUAUCGGUGCUGUGCUUCAUCAAGUCAUCAACGCUCGAUAUCACUAUAUCGGUUUCAUGGCUCGUUCUCUCACCAAGGCGGAGCCUAACUAUUCUACCACCAAGCGUGAGUUAUUGGCCAUCGUAUGUGAGCGUUCAUUUCGAGGAUCCGCACAUUUCAAGAUUCGAAAAUGGACUAGGACAUUUCAAGUACCCGGAAUGUACUAG